UCAAAAACCCUCAACUCAAUCACUUCUAGCUGUUCACGCCACAACAUGGCCUCUCACCACCACAACCACCACCAAAUGACCACCACAUCAAGCUGCUGCUGCUGCAGCAACACUUGUAGCCACCACCCUGCUCCACCACCUCCUCCUUCCACUGACCCACUUCUCCAAACCAUUCUCUCUCACCUUCUCCAACAACAACAACAGCAACAACAAUCACCUCAACAACCUCAUUAUCAGUAUCUUAGUCAUAACCAAACUCACAAAAACCAUCACUUUCACCAUCAAAAUCAAAGCUUUCAACAUCAAAAUUGCAACUUUCAGCAUCAAGAAGAUUGCCCACAAGCCAAAUUGGUUCUCUCUUCUCUUAUUAGCCGUAUUGAUGCUCUUGAAACUUCCCUGCAAAACUUCUCUUUAUCUUCUGCUGCAUACAAUCAGUACUCUUCUUCUUCUUCAUGCUCUCUUAGAGACGUGGCGGCGCGUGUGAUUCAAACCCAUUUCCGAGCCUUUCUUGUGCGUAGAUCCAGAACCCUUAGACAGCUCAAAGAGCUUGCUUUAAUCAAAUCUAGCUUCAACUCUCUCAAGUUAUCAGUUUCCAAGAAAACCCAUUUGGAUUUUCACCUUGUUUCUCGUAAAGCUAUGGACUUGCUUCUCAAACUCGACUCUAUUCAGGGUGAUGACCCCAUGAUCAGAGAUGGGAAGAGGUCAAUUAGCAUGGAUUUGGUUAAGUUUUUGGAAUUUGUUGAUGGGUUUGCAGUGAGAAGGAAUGAGAUCUCAUGUAAAGGUUCAAAGAAUGUGAGAUUAAUAAGGCAUGAUGGUAACAAGUCUAGGUUUUUGAGGUCUAAUAGUGGAGAUUCUAGUAAGGAUCAGAUUGACUUAAUGAAAAAAUUGAGGGAGCGAGUGGACAGGAUUCAUGGGUAUUCUAGGGUUUCUAAAACUGAGGAUGAAGUUGUGGAGCUUGAAGGUUUUCACCAAUUCAUUGAUGAUGAGGAGCUAGAAAACCCUAGGGUUUACAGAAACAAAAAUGGGGUUUUGGUAAAAGAGCAUAUUGUGGCUCAGCCAAAAGUGAAGAAAAGUGUGAGCUUUGCUGAGAAUGGGAAUGUGUAUAGGAUUUUUAGCAAUGACAAUUCUCAUGAACCAAAUUCAAGUGGGGAUGGUACAUUAACUGAUGAGAGUGUUUCAAGUGAUGAUAAUGGAAUAAUUUUGGAGAAUAUUUGCACUGAAGUUGAAGGAAGUAAAGGUUUAUCUGAAGUGACUGAGGAUGGUGAGGAAGUGUACUUGGAAAAUGGAGGAUCAGUGCAGAGCAGUGAUGAGGAAAGAAACCCUAGAAUGAGUUUGAGAAGUGAAGAUUCAGAUGAGAUUAUUGGUGAUUAUAUAGGUCAAGAUGGACACUUUGUGUUCUCUGCACCAUUGCCUUUGAAGAUGGAAUCUAGAAUUGAUUUGAUGAAGAAGAGAAAGGCUGUGAAAAUUGUCGCAUAAUAGGUUCAAUUUUGAGGCAGUUGAGUGGAUGUUUGGUUCCAUUUCCACAUUAUGAUUCCGAUUGUUAGUUUAGAAUGGUGAGAAGUCUAGAUUGAAAGAGGUGUAAUGGGGCUUUAUUUCUCGUGGGAUAUGUUUGUAGCCUUCAAUUCCUGCAAUUGUAAUUGUAUUUUUUUUUUUACUAAAUAAUAAUUCUUGGUUUUUUUUUUUU